AUGAGAGACCAUUUGAAAAACAAUUCCGAAGAGUACCAGAAGCUACUCCUAUCAGCUUCCAUAAAGAGAGAGGCAAAACAAAAUGAAGAAAAUAAAAAUGCAAAAAAGCAACCGUGUGGUAACAAUGACAAUAAUGAUUUUAUCAUAUACAUGGAAUUUAAAUUCGAAAAUUUAAUCCUUUCUAGGUAUCUAUUUGACAUCAGGGACGAGCUGGGGACGCCGAUCCGGAACAGCGUGCAGAUAACAAGGUUCAUCAUCAUGAGGAGCGAAAACCACAUCAUGGGGACGUGCGUAUCCAACAGAAUCAUCCUCUGCUACAGGAACGAUAAAGAGACCACGACCAUACUACGCAGACUUAGAGAGGAGUUAAAAAAAAAAUACUCCAUAUGUCUAACCGAUGAAAAAAACGAGGAGAGUAACUCCAACGAGAUAGACAAAUGCCUCCUCUCAUACAUCAUCCAAUUUACUCUAGUAUGUAAGUAUGUAGAAUGUGGGAAGUGGGUUCACAUAUGGGAUAAUAUGGAUACUAUCAUUGAAUCAAAAUUUUGUGGAAAUCAUUCUAGUAAAUAUUUUAACUGCAUAGGUUUUAAGUUCCACAUAUUAAAUACCAAUUACAGAGUAGCUAGCCAAAAAAAAAAUUCUAUACAUCUCGUACAGAUGCACUUAAAGAUUAUGUUAAGUAUGUAUAAGGUACUUCCCCUGGUAGAGGAACAAAUUUGUGAAAAUAUGUUCGUGUAUUGUCUACCUCGGUGUUCCAUGAGGGCUACCAUUUUAGAUGUCCUUGACACUUCCGACGAAAAAGUGGAGGAACAAAAUUUCAAUUACAAAGACUAUUGGUUCAACGUACAUGGUUAUGUGUUAAACCAAAAUGCUCUCAAAAAAAUAGUUAAGGUGAAGCUCUACAAAGGAAUAUUUAACUACCCACAAGGGGUUCUCUUAAGGGACAAUAUAUACAAAUUAAACGUAGCUGUAAAGAAUGACCCUUUUUUUUAUGUCUGCCAUUUUUUGAAUACUUUUGAGUUGUUAAAAGGAGCAGAGAUCAAAUUGUUGAGCUUUUCCGAAUGUGAUGAAGCAGGGGAAAAUAUCUACGACGAUUUUUUCCCACCUCAGAAUAAUAGAAAAAGGGUAAAAAAGGAACAAGGGGAAGGUAAGGUUGAUCAGGUUGAUAAGGGUGACAAGGCUGAUAAGGGUGACAAGGCUGAUAAGGAUGACAAGGCUGAUAAGGAUGAUAAGGAUGGUAAGGCUAAUAAGGAUGAUACGCAUGAUAAGGGUGAUGACCUCGAAUUUUAUGCGAAACUGAAUCGAAUUUGUAAACACAAAUUUGAAGGGAUCAACUUUUCUCAAUCAAUGUCGCAGUCGAAUAGGCUACAAAAAACACAUGACAAUUCGUACCACCUGUAUGGGAAUACUUUAACUACCUCGGGGGUGUCAAUAAAUUUGGAUUUUUCCAAAAACAAAAAAAGUGGUAGCGGCGAGAGGGACUCCUCCAAAAGGGACUUGGACGCCUUUCUGAGGGAGUCUGCGCUGGCCUACUACGCUAGAGAAGUGGAUCACCCCCAGCGCCCCGUUCAGCAUGAGUCGAGACAGCGCCCCGUUCAGCAUGAGUCGAGACAGCGCCCCGUUCAGCAUGAGUCGAGACAGCGCCCCGUUCAGCAUGAGUCGAGAGAGCACCCCGUUCAGAAUGCACCACGACAGCACCCCGCUCAGCAUGAGCCGCUCCCCAAACCCGACUGCAGCGCAAGAAAUGCUCCCCCCCGCAGCACAGAUGACCUGGUCCACAGAACGAAAAAACAAGGCACCACCGUAGUGCACACCACGGAUCAUCCGAACAGUCACGCAGAGAAGAAAAGGGCACAACUUGGCGGUGAAGCUUACACCAUGGGGAAUCCAAACCAAAGCAAUCAAUUGGAUAAAUACCUGCACAGUGUUGCAAAGAGUUACAACUCCGUGGAGGGAAACAAUCCCAAUCAUAUGACCGAGUUUAACAUGUUCGAAAAUGUAAAUCCACAGAUCAUAUUUUCCAAAGAUUUUGAGAACUUCCUAGACAAUCUUGAAGAAGCUGCGCUGUACCAGGAGAACCCUCAGUCCCUCCUACCCUCAGUCAAUUUUGAACAGAGGGAGGAGAAGCGACCUAAUUUUCCCAUAACCAGCUCGCCACUCCGCCAACAAAAGGAAGACCGCACGCAGGUCAAGAAGACGCACAAAAUGACGUAG